UUGCCUCCUCUUGAUAUGAAGGUAGGAGACCGCGUCUAUUUGCGUGAUUUAGCGCCUAAAAAGGGUUUAUCGCCUGAGCUGUUACCCUUGGACCGGACAGUUCCGAGUGAUCGCUGUCAAUCACCCCCAUAUCACCAUUAUGAGCAUCACAUCUCCACAACCAAUGCCCAAGACCGUUCACAUGAACCAAGUCAAAAAAUGCUUUAUUCUAUUAGGACCAUUUUUCUGUUCACCUCUCCUUGGUUCCCGGAACCAGAAGUUAAUGCGCUAUCCCCAUUGGAGGCGCAGCUGACAUUUAUCCCCGGAUAUUCUCACACCGUGCCGCAUCAAACCCAAUUUGAUACUGCAUUACAGAAACCAGUAAUCACGCAUCCGUACAAUACACGUUUCAGGUGCCGUCUUUCUUCAUGCCCAAUGGAACCUCUCGAGGACCGCCAACCAUUUUUUUACAUCUACGUUCUUUUAUAUCCUCCCUCCUCUGAUUUUCUCUCAUUCUUUUACACCGUCGCAUCUAUCUAUUAUGAUCUUUUCCUCGUUCAUUGGGCACGGCCCUCGCCUGAAUACUUGCGUCGCCGGGUACUUAACACGAGUACUACCGUCUUCGUUACAGAAGGUGAAUUACUCUUCGAUUUCACGCUGGCUCCAGACUACGAAUUCGCUAUCGCACUUCCAGAGGCACGACGUCCGAUACGAAAGCAGACACGGCAACCUCCGCGAAGGUUCGCCCAAGGUCGUCCGCCGAACCCUCACGGCCGUCAGGUUUGCCCAUUGACGACUAAUCGCUAA